ACAUUCGCGCCUCACAUGCGAGGCGAGAGGUGGGUUGUACUUGUACGUUGUGCUACGUUGUGCCGGCAUUCAGUUUCUCUCAAAACUUUCUUUCUGGCUUCCACACAUGUGCUCGCCGCUUCAUUGCGGCUCUUCUCUUGGGUUUUGCUUCACUGAUUCUGUGCUAAUUUCAACGGAGAGGAAUAUUGGACAUCAACCUUUAGAUUUUAGAAGAACGCUUCAUCGUUUUUCCCUUCCAGUUUAUCAUUGAUUGAAUACAAUGACGAUACCGGAUUAUUCCACUUGUUUCGUCGAAGCUGCGGCGUCUAACAAUACUGUUUUUGUCGAUACUAGCCUUGGCACUCACUUGGCGAUGGCCGUCUCUGACGGUGAUACCGUCUCCGAUGUCAAAGAGAAGAUAGAAAAGGAACAUCCACUCUGUUUUCCUCAUCUCGGGACCAUAAAAAUUCAUGCAAUUAAGGUUUCGCGCAGAGGGUACUUCUAUCAUCUUUCUGAUUCCAUGUAUUUGAAAAGUGCAUUUGUUGGCUACGACGACAGUUGGUUUCUUUCUAUUGAUGCUUCUAUUGUUGAUGAUCACUCAACUGACCCUAAUACUGGCAGUGUUGCUAGAAAUAAUCAUAGUGAACAGUUACCUAACUAUGAUGCUCAAAAAUUGCAAGACAUUGUGGCUCAACAAUAUGUCAAUGAGGAAGCCCCUACUGAUAUCUAUUUUGAUUCAUGUCAUUCUAGUAAAAGAGAUUUAAUGAUCAAGAAGGCAGAAGUUACACAUUCUGUCAAAAAUCGCAGCAAACAUCAAUUGAGCAGGACGAGGAAUGACUGUGAAGGCUUCAAUGAAACAUUGGAAUCUCUGCCGGCUGUGAAGCAGAAUCAUAAAAGUAAGAAAAACAAAACAAUAUUGAUUAAUGGACACAAAUUUGCUAAUCAUACCAGUGAUGAUAAUGAUCAAAAUCCUUUGCCGCAAGUCGUUGGAUCUAGUGAAAAAUCCAGGGAAUAUGCACAUAAUGAAGUUUCCGAUCAUCCAAUGAUGGAAAGCAAAGCCAAUGUAGAUGAACCUGGUCAGAUUUCAUCUUCUAAUACAAGCGAUGAAUCUGAAUCUAAAAAUGGAAGGAAGCUAAAGUAUAAUUUACCUGAUGAAGCUGAAAUUGAUGGCAAAAAUGAUAAAUCCAAAUAUCCGAUGGACAAUACUGCAUUCAAAGUAGCUGCACAGGCUGGGUCCAUUGCGGAAAAAAUCCGUAAGACUGAAAUGACAAUUAGAGUAAUGAAUGGGGUGGAAGAAAACAGGGAUCUGGUUUCUGAAUCUAGUAAAGCGACAUCUACUUCCGAGUACUUGCCAGAUAAGAAACAAACUCCACAAGUUGUCAUAGGUAGUUUGUCUACUGAACCUUACGCUCACUUGCUCAAGACUGCUUCAAGUGGUGUGAAGAAGAGGGAAAAGAAAAGCAAAUUUAAGUUGUCAGGUUGUCCAAAUCAGGUUGUUGGUUUGAUUUCAUCUAGAGUAGGGGAUCAACAGGAUGCAAGUCGAGAAUCUGAUAUAGCAACUGUCCCCAGUCGAGAUAUUGAGGAGACAUCAAUUCCCAACCUCCUUGAAACAUAUGCAAGGGAAAGACAGUAUGAAUCUAUCGAUAAAACUGCAGAAAGUUACGCACCGCCCCCGGUUGGAGAGUCCUGUAUGUUUCUCUUCAAGCAUUAUUUUAGCAUAAUUUAUGGUGAUAAGAACAACAUUGAACUUCCUAAUGUCCAAAGUAUAAUGGAUGCAUCUGAUAAACCUGUUGUGUUAGGAGGAAUGGUAGAUUCAGAGGAUCUUGCCUUUAAAAGCAAGGACCUCGCUGAUCUCCAGAAAAGUAUUGGUACUUCGGAGGAUGCCAAUAAUGUUCAAAGGAAUCAUCUUACGUGCAAAACUGGAAAGUUUGUUGCAAUUCUAGAGGAAAGAGAUUCCUUGGAGAUUGCUGAUGCAAAAGCCUCAAUGGUAGAGAACUGCCCCUCAUCAAGCUGGGAUGGUACUGAUGCAGACGCUAACACUAAAGCUAUGAAAAUUUCUGAAUUAGUUCAUUUAAAGGGAACUGCUGAAAACGUCAAGCAUGGUAAGAAAAAGAAGAUUAAAAAAUCUAGGAAGUCAGCAGAAGAAAGGCAGAUUAAUUUAGUCACAGCAGGUGCUAGAGAUUCCGCACAAGACAUUUCAACUGAGAUACAAAGUUUUACUGUAGGUGAUAAUUCCUGUAGUAAAGCCGAGAUUGGAGAAAGGAACGUUUCUCUAAGGAAAGGAGAAAACACAACUAACUCAACUAAUACUUCUAUAUUGCCUGAUGUUAGGAACAUAAAUUUAGAUAAACCAAAUAUAAGUAAGGUGGAACCUUUACUGCAAACCAGCAAAACUCAAGCAGUAGCAAAAGACAUGGAUGGGCAGGUGGGAAAGAAAACUAAGAAGAGACCUGUGGCUUCAAUGAAAAGUACACCUGACUUUCAGGCAGAAAGUAUUGGUAAUGAGGAUUCAUUCUCUUCAAAGAGAAAUGAGAGGGAAGUAAAACCUUGCAAGAAAUCUAAGACAGUUAGGUCCUCCCCAAAUCCAUCUCACAUUUCUGAAGGCUAUGAAGAGAGGUAUAUAGAAGCAAAUAGAUUUAGCAACACCACUAAAGAUGGUAAUUCUGAUAAGGUCGAUGAUGUUGAAGUUCCUUCUGAAAGCAAUAAAGUUGGCAUUGAGGAAAAUGCUGACAGAUUCCAACACGAGUCUGUUAAAUUGCAGGUUGACAAUUUGAGUAGGGAGAAAAGUGUGAAUACUUUGCUCAAAGCUAAAAGAAAAAAGAAGGAUCCAAGUGCAUCUUCUGCGACCUCCUUAAGCAUGCAGAACGCACAGAAGUCAAAUGAAAACACAGAGAAUGAGGGACAUUGUCUAACUAGCAACUCUAGCGCUCUCAAACUUCAUGGAUCUUCGUCAAAGGAUAAAUGUGAUGCAAUGCUUCAUGUUGACAAUAAGCUAAAGAAAAUUUCAAGAGGUGGGGUAAAAUCCUCGACUUCUAAUGAGCACAAACAGAAAACUUCCGACUCUAAUCAAGCAGCUAGGGUGAGGGAAAAAGUUGUUGAUUCUUCUCGAGACAGUACUGAGAUGCACAGUGAAACUUCUUCUUUACCAAAAACAAAACCAAAGAUGAAAAGGUCAGCAAAUAUGGUUAACCAUGAUCAAAAGCGUAAGGGGCGUCAAUCUACUGGGAUUGGUCGUCCUGAGGAUGGAAGAAAAUCUUCUCAGACUGGAAAGAAAGAUGUUACUCAAUCACAGGGAAGGAACAUGUUGCUUACACCAGGUGGCAUAUUUAAGGAUGCUAGCAGUGAUAGUUCUGAGGAUGAAGCAGGAAUUGUUGAUUCAGAUGCCAGUACCAGAUCUCCAGAUAAUUCACAAAUAUCCGACUUCUCAGAUGGUGAAAGCAAUGGAUCUAUUGACUUGGAAAGAACAAACAUUCCUAGAAACAGGAGAAAGAACGACCCUUCAAGCCCUGAGAAUUUGACCCUUGACACGAUCCUUCGAAGUUCAAGUAGAUAUAAGAAGGCAAAGAUCACAGCCUCCCAAUUACAGCAAGAUGAUACUGAAAGCCAGCCUGUUGAUUUUGUUCCAGACAGUCAGACUAAUACUUAGUUCGUUAUUGUCAUGUACCUCCUCCAGGACUAGUAUUCCAGAUUGCAUUGUCAAACGUUAUUGUGCUUGUCUAAAUUUGUUAAUGGGAAUUGUCAGGAUAUCAGAUAAAUUUUGAAGGAAAUGAAAUCCUUGGGUAUCUUUUGGAUGCUUGCAUGAUGUUUUCGUGCUGGUCUGAUUUGUAGUAAGCACGAAUCUUAUUUUGAAGUUGAGGAUCAGUUGAACUAUAGUUUACGGAAACUUCUUUUAGAAUUUUUGAACGUUAAGUUCUUAGAUGUUAGACCUAUUACGUACAGCAUGAUAUUUAAUGAAGUUGAAAAUGUUAAGUAGCUAGCUCUCUCUCUGGUAGCCAACACGAAGAUGAAAGAGACUCCAACUUCGAAGCAUAUAGACAUGGAAAGAUACAGCCAAUGGCUCAGAGGACAGAAGAAAUAAUAAUCGCUAUUUAAAAUAGAUUCAUUAACGUAAUCUGCAAUUACAGGUGCUUUGUUUGCUAUCACAUUUCUCAAAAAAUUGGAAUCACUUGGACCUCAUCCUGUUGAGCUGAUUCAAAGCCGGCUGUAGAAUGUUGUACAACACCCAAAGAAUGGCGGGUGCUACGACAAACAGAAGAAGUUGUCCCCUGCUAUCGCUUGAAGAAGCAUCGGCAAUCAUGGCAAUCUCGCUGGCCGAAGCAUCAGGUGCGUACAUAAACCCUGAUGCAGUCAAUCCACCUAAUCCUAACCCAAUUAUCACACCCUUGUCACUGCGCAUUCUGUUGAUCUGGUUGAGUGCUGGCUGUAAUAUGUUGAACAGAACCCAUGCUAUGGCCGGGAUAAGAGGUAGCAGAAGGGCUAAACCACGGUUGUCACCGUCGGCUGCUAUCUCUGCAAUUUGUUGGGCUGCAAAUGCAGGAUCCGAUGUUCCCAAAGUUGCAAAGACAGCUCCGGCGAUGGCGGUGCUGGAGAGGAAGGUUGAUAAGUUGGAAUUUUCAUUAGAUUUUGAUGAAAUAAGGCCUUUUGGAAGGUUUUGGAGAGAGAGGAGGGAGAUAGGUUUGGGGAUUAUCUUUUGGGUGUUAUGGGUUUUGGUGGAGUUGAUGCUUGUGCACUUGACACUGAGCACCGCCAUUGUAGCCAUGGUAGCUGCCAUUGAAGUUGACUUGCUUGUUUCCGUUGAACUAAGCUCUGGGCUUUGGCAGGUAGAGGAGAGAUGCAGAAUGAAGUAGAAAUGGUUGGGUUUUGGCAAAACAAUGUUAG